AUGGCAUCAAAUUCUCUCAUCCUUUUCAUUGCUUCUCUCAUGCUUUUUUCCCUGCAAUGCAAUGGACAACAAUGCACAGGAAGUGACAUUGCUGUUAAUCUUGUGAAAACUGGAAGCGUUGUGGAAGGAGAUCCAGAGUAUGAAGUCACAGUGAGCAACAACUGUGAAAAAUGCACUGCAGUGAAUGUACAUGUGCAAUGCUUUGGACUGAACAGUGUUGAACCUGUCAACAAGACGGCGAUCAGGCCGGAGGCUGGUACGGACCGGUGUAUUGUUAAUGAUGGCAAGCCGAUAUCGCAGGGAUCGCCGGUGAAGUUCAAGUAUGCAUGGCUAACUCCACAGGAUUUCCCUGUUGUUAGCUAUGAGUUCAAGUGCUAG